GCUUUGUGUCCGGUGUGAGGGGAAAAGGAAGAUGGCGGCCAUUGAUGGACUAGUGCUGCUGUUGCGCAUUUAAAACGGCAAAAAACCCGAAAACAAGCCGUUGGUAGUGAGUUUAAACGGUUGAUUAGAUGCACGUGGAGGCGGCGGGUUGUGUCUGAGGCUGCAGAUUAGCGGACUACAGGUUAACUCCUGGAUUUUCCAUCACCGCCAACCUUCAGGACCCGCUGUCUGACUCCUGCGCCACCAGUUCUCCUGGUCCAUGGACUUGACUCCGUCAUCAGGCUUCAAGAGGAGGCCUACUGCCUCCUUUUCCCCCAGUGGAGUUAGAGAGAUCGCCAGGAGCCCUCCGCCCUGCUCCCCCUCCUUAUCCGUGUCCUCUCCUUCGUCUGAUCCGUCGUCUCCCUUGUCUACAUCCUCCUCUGUCUGCAUCAACUCAUCAGGUUACCAGAACCAUGUGAAAGGUCAGACCACGGGGACGGAGGUGGCCAGGGUGUCCUCCACUUCUGCCUCUCUAGCAACCCAGUCCACACCUCCACCCAACACCACCUCCUCCGAACCCUUCCCUCACACUUCAGCACAGACGCAUGUUGAUUGUGACGAAGUGGGCAUGAAAAGGGAGAUGUACGAUCCUUUCCAUCCCACCGAGGGAGUGAAGGACGAGGACUGGGAAGGGGAGAAGUACGACCCCUUCGAUCCCACCGGUUCUCCGGCGUCAGACGCCGAUGAUGGAGGUUGUGAAAAAGUGAGAGUGGGGAAGAGAAACGCUGAGAGAGGAGAUGAUGAAAAAGAGGAAGAACCUCCAGAUUCAACGGACACCUUAGCUGACCUGCCGAGCUCCUGUCUGGCCACCCAGCUCCCACUGAGGAGGAGAGUGGACUGUAGCACGGCCAAAUCUGGCGAGGAGAGGGAGUGUGGCGACUCGGAUCACUCUGAGAUCGAGGAGGGGGAGAUAGUGGCUGCUGCCGACAAAGAUGGAAGCACUAAGAGACCAGUUGGAGACAUCCUUCCCCUGAAUUCUCCCAGCGUCUCUUUUUUUGGUUCAAAGCCGGAGCGGAUCCUGCGGGUGCUGGACGGGGACGGCUUUGUGUCUGUGCGUGCAGAAAGCAACUGGGAGGUGGACCGGGAGCCUGAAGACGAACCCGUGGUCGGUUUGGAGGAUCUGAGAAGGAAGCUGGUCAGCAAGCGGAAGGAAAGAUAUCUCUCCUUCCCUGCUUCUUCCUCCCUCUCUCCUCAGCCAACGCCUCCUCCCUCCCAUCCUCCAGCUUCUACUCCCUCGUCCUCUCUCACACUCCCGGUAGAACAAGACAACAAGAACCCCGGCAAAUCCUCCAAGAGUUCCAAGGACGGCAACGGCCAGAAGAGCAAGGAGAAGAAGUCUGGGGAGAAGGAGGAGAGAAGAAAAAAGAGCAGGAAGGACAAAGAUAGAGGACGGGAGAGGAGCAAAGACAGGGAGCGAAGACACAAGAGUGGGAAAGAGGUGACGGGAAGGGGGAGCAGCAGGAGCAGUAGCCGGAAGAGGAAGAAAAGGCAGCCCAGCAGUCCAGAGGCCUCACGGUCCUACAACUCCUUAGGAAGAGGAGGGCAGGCGAGACACUCCUUUUCAAGCCUAACUGAAGAGAAACACAAAGAAAGAGAUAAAGACAGAGAGAGGGACAGAGACAGAGGAAGAGAGAGAGACAGAGAACAAUAUCGGGCGAGCAGCAACAGAAGAGACGAAAGAGAUCGAGAUUCUAGCUCCAGAAAGGACGAGAGGGAACGGAAGGGGAGGCAGCAUCAGAGCAGCAGAGAGCGAGGCUUUUCAAAGAGGUCGAAACGAAGCAGGGAGAAGCGGGAAGGUGAUCGAGACCGGCAUCGUGAGAGGGAACGGCGGCGUGAUGGUCGUCCCGUUGUCCCGCCGUCUAUCCAAGACCUCAAUGGGUCCGACCUCUUCGCCAUCAAGAGAACUAUAACGGUAACCACCACCACGACCACCACCACAGUACCCGGCUCCCCGAGACUCGCCUCAACAUCUCCCUGCCGGCCAACGCAGGACUCUGACAAACCCCACAAGAAGAAGAAGAAGAGGAAAUGGCACUCAGGUGGAGACAUGGAGGACCAGGGGAGUUGUCACAGCCGAUCACAGUCACUCUCACCCCCGAGGUAUCAUAGUUACGAGUCUGAUCGCUUUUCAGACAAACUGGAGAUUGACGUGUUGUCUUUGGAUGGCGAGGCUUUGGACUCGGACUACCCGUCUUUGGAGGAUACACCUCCUGCUGCCCUGCUUCCAGAGCCACCAAUCCCUAGCCCCAAAACUAAAACUACCCUCAAGACUGGACAGCAUCACCCGAAAAAGAAAUCUCGAACAUUAAAGAAAUUCGGCCAGUUUGAUUCCUCGUCCUCAAAUAGAACCAAAAACAAAUGCCUUUCCUCACUGACGGUCACUACAGGCUCAGCCUCCACCUCAUCUGGAAUCCCCUCAGCAAAGCAGGAAAGGAAGAUGGGGAAGGACAAAGUCCGGGACAAAGGCAGCAGGAAGGAUUUGGGCCACUCUGGCAAAUCCAAGAAAGAGAGCGGCGGCAGUCGGAAAGGCAAGCUGCAGUCCAAAGUGUCCGUGCUGGUGCGUGAAGGCGUGAGCAGCACUACGGGCGCUUCGGUCGGCUCUGGAAAGCUGGGCAUGGACCUCCUAGGGCCAGGAGGUUCAGGAGGAGGUGCUGGGGGCUCUGUGGUCGGGGGCUCAAUUGCAGUAGUCUUCUGCAGGGACAAUGAGAGCAGGUCUCCGUUUCUCAAACCUUGCUCGGAGCCACUAUCGCUGGGAAACCGCAACAAAGAUCUGUCCAGUUUGGGGAAGCGAAGCAGCUUAGUUGCACCGCCAUCUUCUCUAACCAGCCCUGCAGGACUGAAAUCUAAGAAAACAAAACCAAGCUCCAUCACGUCCACCUCCUCGUCUGCCUCCUCCCCGUCUUCAUCUCUGGCUACCAAGCGGCGCCGUCGCCUCGCCAAGAAGACGAGAGAUAAAGGUGGAGUUGUAGGAUUGACGAAGGAAGAUGGCGGCCAAGCGGAAGGCUUGUCUGAGUCCUGGGGCGGAGCUUCUUUAGACGCUCAGUCGGCCAUUGGAGACGGGAACAAGUUAGUCAGUCCACAUACGAGCCAAGCGGGCCCUACACACUGUUCUUCCUCCUCUUCCUCGUCCUCCUCCUCCUCCACCAGUGUGCUCCCACCCUCUUCCUCGCCGCCCCACACCCCCCCGCCCUCCAUGGCUCCUCUGCGGGACACUAGGGACUCGUCUCCGGACUCUCAGACUGUGGACAGCAGCUGUAAGACCCCAGACCCGUCUUUCCUAGCGGAGGACUGUCCCACUCAGACCAGCCCCCCCACGCCGCCAGCGUCCAGUCCGUCCAGCCUGUCGACCCCCCAGGGACCCGGCCUCAACAUCUCCCUGUCUACACCCGCUGCCAAGCCGCCUCCUCCUGACGAUGCUCCUAAAUCCCUGGCCUCGCCUCCCUGCUCCUCCUCCUCGACGGGCUGUGGUCUCACCUCCUUGUCGAUGCCUCUGACCUCGUCAGACCCUUCCUCGGUGUCUUCCUCGUCGGCCAGUAAGCCUCCUCCUCCUCCCCCUCCAGCAGCUCCUGCCCUCCCCUGGAGUCUGCAGACCGGAGUGGACUGCACCACCGGAGGAGUCCUUGCAUUGACUGCUCUGCUCUUCAAAAUGGAGGAGGCCAACAUAGCCAGCAGAGCGAAGGCCCAGGAGUUCAUCCAGGCCACCAGCCAGAUCCUGUCCCAAGCCAAUCAGAGCCAGUCCCAGCAGCUGGCUCCUCCCUCCUCAGCCUCCUCCUCACAGAUCCCUCCCCCUCCCUCUCUCCCUCCUCCUCCUGGCCGAAGCCCCGCCCAGUUCAUCCUCCACAACUCCCUCCCAUUGGUCGGCUGCACCAAGACUCCCCCGUCCCUGCUGCACCCCUCCAUGGGGGGUGGCUGUGCUCAGACCCCGCCCUCCAUCAUGCCCGUGGGGCUGUCGGGGGUCACUGGGAGCUCUGGGGACCCUGGAUGGGACAACGGGAGCAAAGACCCUGAUAAGUACCUAAAGAAGCUGCAUACCCAGGAGCGUGCAGUGGAGGAGGUGAAGCUCGCCAUCAAACCUUAUUAUCAGCGCAAAGACAUCAACAAGGACGAAUACAAAGACAUCCUGAGGAAAGCUGUUCAUAAGAUCUGCCACAGUCGCACCGGAGAGAUCAACCCGGUCAAAGUGUCCAACCUGGUGAAGCUCUACGUCCAGAGAUAUAAAUACUUCCGGAAACAUGGACGCCGAGUGGACGAGGAGGACGACAGGGAGCUGCAUUCCUCCGUCUAAUUGUCCAUUUUUAUUAUUUUUUGACAUUUUUUUUGACUAUUGUUUCAAUAGCCCACCUUGUUUGUGCUUUUAUGUGACCUUCUGGAAGCCUCUCCCUUUGUAUCUACGAUCUCACUGUAAAUAUGUCUCUCUCAAAAAAACCCCAAAAUGUAUUAUGUAUCCAGCGUUGAAGAGGUUGAUGCUCUCAUGCUCAUCCGUGUGAUCUAAUACAGUCCAGUACACCAACCCUGCAAUAAAUACUGCCUUUGUGAAGCUUAGACUUUAACAUUUGUUGGCCGUGGCCAUUAGAAACGUUGCAUUGGUGGCAUUAUUUGCAGGGCUAUUUAUUCACUCGGUGUUCAUGUUAUUUUGUCUACCCCUAUGUUACUAUGUGUGUAUAAAGACAUGUCAGUUAUAUACACCAGACUAUGAUGAACACUAGUGUGAAGACAGGAUGAAGGUCCAGUACGUUGACCUGCUCAGUCUGUUGAUUCUGCUGUCUGUUUAUGUGCAUGUGUGACUCAGAAAGUUGAUAAAUCUCUUUUAUAGAAUGACUUGACCAACAAAAUAUAAACGUUGCUUGAAAACCAGAA